AUGGCCAAAAUGAUCCUUUCAUUUCUUCAAACAUUUUCUUUGUUAUUCAUCUUCCUCGUUCCGUCACUUUGCUGUCCUCAAUAUCAGAAAGAAGCCCUUCUCCAAUUCAAACUCUUAUUACUGGAAAGCGUUCCUGCACACCAGAAUCUCACUUUCUUAGAGACUUGGAACUCCUCUUCUACAGACUGUUGUCAGUGGGAAGAAGUCGGUUGCAAUUCCAACACUCCACAACAACAGGUGACUGAUCUUCAUCUCAGCAAUAUCUUUCAUAACUCGGAAGAAAUUGUUUUGUCGUCUCAUGUUUUAACUCCGCUCUUUCAUGUUCGAACGCUCGAGACACUUGACAUUUCAAGUAACAAUAUUCAAGGAGAAAUUUCAGGAAUUGGGUUUGCCAAUUUAACAGAAAUUGUUGAACUUUAUAUGUCCAAUAAUAUGUUCGAUGGCUCCAUUCCUUCUGAGUUGUUUUCAUUAACGCAUCUGGAGAUACUUUCUUUGGAUAGAACUUUUAUUGGGGGGACAAAAAGUUCGAAGUUUUUGUCAUUGGGAAACCUCACCAAUUUGCAAGAGUUGAAUCUUGCUAAUAACAGAAUUUCUGGAGCAAUUCCAUCAUCACUAUGCCGUUUGAAAGAAUUGCAAACUUUGGAUUUACAUUCUAAUUUUUUCUCAAUGGAGAUUCCAGCUCAGAUCGGUAACCUUUCAGAAAUUUCAAAUAUGUCCCUAAAUGACAACGAGUUGGUUGGAAAGAUUCCUCCUUCAAUGCAAAAGAUGCGACAAUUGGAGACGCUUAACUUGGAAGAUAAUCAGCUUAGUGGCGAGAUUCCAGCCUGGUUGUUUGAUUUCAGAAAUUUGACAGAUCUGAAACUUGGGGGAAACAAGCUUGUGUGGAAAAACUCAACUAUAGUACCAAAAAGCAAGCUAUCUGCUUUAUCUUUAAGAUCUUGCAGUGUUUCGGAGCAUAUUCCCUUUUUCCUUUCGAACUUUACUGAUCUCUCUUUCUUGGACUUGAGUGGGAAUAAUCUCCUAGGAACCUUGCCUCUGUGGCUAAACCAUACAAAAUACUUUGAGUUGAUUUUAUCUGAUAACAAUCUUUCAGGUUCUCCGUUCCAUUUCUUUUCUCUAACUUAUUUACAGCGUCUUGACCUAUCAGGGAAUAAUUUUUCAGGCAAAUUGCCAGAUAACAUAGGUGAAGCUACACAUAUGACAACCCUUUUGUUGUCGGGCAAUGAUUUCUCUGGACCAAUCCCCAAAUCCAUCUCAAAUAUGUCAUUGCUAUCAAUACUUGACUUGUCAAAGAACAGACUUUCAAGUAAUGAGUUCCCAAAUUUUAAGGCGCCACGCUGUGAUCCUCUCUAUGCCUUUGCUCCUUGUUAUCCUCAGAAGUUUAAUCCUUUAUCGGUCCUUCUACUGGGCCAUAAUGAGUUUUCUGGUAUCCUGCCUCGGAACUUGACAAAUUUAAGUGAACUUGUUUGCCUCGAUCUCCAUGACAAUAAUUUUACAGGUGAAAUCCCAGCUUUCCUCUUUCAAAUCUCCUCUCUUCAAAUUUUGAAUCUUAGGAAUAAUUCAUUUCAUGGGUCAAUUCCAAACGAUCUAACAGAUUUGAAAAGUCUUCAAAUACUUGAUCUCUCUGACAACAACUUUAGUGGAGAAGUGCCAUCUAGCCUAGGGAAACUUAGUGGAAUGAUUAAUCCUAAUCUCGAUGCCUCAUUACUUUAUUAUUAUGAAGUUCCUACAACCGUUUACCAGCGGGGUGGGCAAAUUUCCUCCGCUAACUAUCCGAACUUAGAAGUAUCUUGGAAAAAUAAGAUGCAAGAUCUUCCCAGCAAAAACCUUAAUCUGUAUACUUUUUUAGAUUUAUCAAACAACCAAUUAUCUGGCGGAAUUCCUGAUACAUUAGGUUGUUUGAGAAAUUUAAAAGUACUGAAUAUGUCUCACAACAAGCUCUCAGGUGGAAUACCAACAACUCUGGGUGAUAUGAAUAAUCUAGAGAGUCUAGAUUUGUCACACAAUAAUCUUUCUGGAAAAAUUCCUCAGACAUUUGGAAAGCUCUUGCAGUUGACCACCCUGGAGUUGAGCAACAACAAGCUCACGGGUUCCAUUCCAAGUGGCCCUCAAAUGGACAGGAUGAACAAUCCAAAUUCUUAUGCUAAUAACAGUGGAUUGUGUGGAAUGCAAAUUCAAGUACCAUGUGAUAAGGCGAUCCCAGAGCCAGAGGAAAGUAGAAGUCAAGAGACAUGGUUUUCGUGGGUUAUGGCCGGAAUUGGAUUUCCUUUUGGAUUUUUGUCGACAGUGUUGGUUUUCUAUGUCAUUGGUUACUUCGAUGUUGUCCCAAAGCGCCGUCAAAGACGCCAUGUGAAUUGCGUUUGCUGGUAG